AAAAUACAUCAUUAAAAUGUAUGAAAACGUAUGUUCAAAAAGAUCUUGAUAUGAGGUCAUAAGUCAGUUCUGGCAGAAUAUUUGUAGCCAACACGUCGUAAAAAGUCCAUAUAAGCACAUUCACCGUUUACAAAUUUUGUAUUUUGUUCAGGAAGGAAGGCCAUCUUCACCUUUUCAUAUUUCCGAACGGGUGCUUUUACAGUUAGAGUUCUCAUCUUUAUGUAAGAUGUUGUCUUCAGUUUCAAUAACACAUCGACAAAGACAAAUAUGGUAGGAUGGCUCGCGUAAAACUGCUCCUCCAGAGGAAGUGUAUUAAAACCAUAAAUGGCGGAAGGCGGAGGAGAUGUUGGUUUCAGUUUUGAAGAAAAGAAGGGUGAUUUAUUUGGUUGUCCGGAAACGGAUGCUUUAGCUCAUUGUGUCAGUGAAGAUCUCAGAAUGGGCAAAGGAAUUGCUGUCUUAUUUAAAAAGAAAUUUGGUGGAGUUGGAGAGCUUAUGUCACAAGGUAAGAAGACUGGGAAAGUAGCAGUCAAGAUAAAGAAAAAUAGGUUUAUAUUUUACCUCAUCACCAAGCCCAAAGGUCCAGGGAAACCUUCUUAUGCUAGUAUGGGUUCUUGUCUGAAAGAUCUGAAGAAACAGUGUAUUGAGAAUAACAUACACAAUUUAUCCAUGCCCAAAAUAGGUUGUGGUCUUGAUCGUUUAGAUUGGGACAAAGUCACCGAUAUGAUCUAUGAAAUAUUCUCUGAUACUAAUAUUCACAUUACUGCGUACUAUUUAAAAUGAAACACAAGAAUUUGCAUUUAGUCACGCUCCAAUUAAAAUUUUAGUUAUGAUAGCCAUUAAAACAGGAGUUUUAUCAGAAAAUCAAAAAAACUGUAAGACUACUGUCUAAAGAAAGGUAGUUGCUUACUUACUUAAGUUGGUGAUGUUGUAUAAACUUGAUAAGUUGAAUGUGAUAAACAUGAAUAUGUUAUUCAGGGAAGAAGACAGGAGGCGUUGCUGUAUUGAAAAAUAAGAAUCGUUUUGUGUAUUACUUGAUUACUAAGGUGAAGGCUACCGGGAAACCUACAUAUGACACUCUCAGGGCGAGUCUGAAGGAACUCAAAGUGCAUUGUGUAAAAAAUAAAGUACAUAGAUUGGCAAUGCCUAAAAUAGGAUGUGGACUUGACAGACUGGAGUGGGAAGAGGUUUCUACAAUGAUUUGUAAAAUAUUU